UGAGGAUAAAUUUAGUCUGUGGUAAAAACCAAAAAGAAAUGAGAAAGAAUUCCUAAAAAACAAAUAUAAUAAAACCAAUUUUAGUUAGAAUCAGAAAAAUGUAAAUUGGGAAUUAGUUAGAGUGUAUUUACUGUUUGUUUAUUAUAAGUGUAAGAAGAUAAGGCUACGAUAUGGAAGAAGAUAAAUUGGCGUUUGUGGAGAAAAUAAUAAAAGACGUACAAAAUGUUUUGACGAAACUGUCUGAGCUAUACGCUUUUGAUGUGGUUCCCAUGGACAAUAAUUAUCAGAACAAAUCACCUGUUCUGUAUUUAGAAAAUUGUUUAGGACUGGAGUCUUGGUGUGUAAAACAUGUCUACAUGUAUUGUUAUUCGGAGCUUAUGGACAAAUAUUGUAUCAAACCCAACCGCAAAUCAAGAAAAAUACCCUUUAGCUGUGAAAGAUUGAUUAAACUACUCAAUGUGACCCUGCUGCUCAACCCAGAGAUCAACUCCUUAUGGAAUAAAAGACGAGAAAUGACUCUGCAGUCAUUGUUGGAUAGGACUGGGGAACUACAUUUUGCUCGGCUGGUGUUAUCAAGGAAACCAAAAUGUAAUGAAGCCUUUUCUUAUAGAAGAUGGCUUUUAGAGCCAAUAUUGCAAGAUAAUGCUCUGUCAGUGGAAGUUAUUGGAAGCUUAGUAAAUGAUGAAAUUAUGAUUUGCAACCUAGCUUCUGACAAAAGCCCUAACAACUAUCACAGUUGGAAUCAUCGUACAUGGCUGCUAAACAGACUUAAAACAAUGAAAUCAAAUUUUGAUUUAGAUGCUCAGUUCAUAAAAGAAUACCAUCUGGCAGAGAAGUGGACAUCCGAACAUGUGUCAGAUUUUAGUUGUUUUCAUUACUAUCAGUUUUGCAUAAAAAAUAUAUGUAGUUUUAGUAAUGAAUCAUGGAGAAGGCUCCGAAGUUCACUCAACAUACAUUUAAUAAAGGUGCUCCUAAAUAUUAUAGAACCAAGUUUGCCUAAGCAGCUAAUAAUUGAUGAAUCAGACACUAACUAUCCCGAGGAAAGCUUAAUAAAGCAGUUACUUGCCUAUACUAACAAGAAUUGUAAAUGUGUUGUAGAUUUUGUAAAACUAUUUAGAAAAAUAGAAAUAUUAUUUCAUUCUUUAGUAAUAAAUGAUGAGUUAGUAAGAUUUUAUAAACAUCAUGAAACGUUGUGGUACCACAGAAGAUUUAUAUUGCAUGAAAUAUUUCUAGUCAUGUAUGAACAUUUUGGUCUUGUUAGACAUAAUGGUUCCCUCAUAAAGAAGAUUUGCACGAUUUGUAAUUUUGACGACCUAAGGCAAAUGCAAGCCAAGAUAGUUAAAUAUGACAGUAAUCAUGUCUAUUCGAGUUCCUUUUUCAAGAUUGUGUUGUCGCACGAGAAAACAUUUAUAGAAGAGCGACGGUCAGAUGGUGACAACUAUGCAGAUAAACACGAAAAAUAUUUAAAAUAUGUAGAAGGUCUCAGUAAUGUUAUAUAAGUGGUUUGUAAAAGCAUAUUUUAUACUGACACCAUUUAAUACUUUCAUAUUUCGAAAUUAAUUAAUGCAAACUUUUCCAAUUUUCUAUGAUGGUAGAUUUAUAAUACAAUAUUUUCAUUCACUUGUCUUAAAAUGUAUAUUUUGUAGUCAAUACUUUUUC